AUUUUGUGUGUGAUGGCCCUUAUUGUUCGACAAUUGCGUAUUAAAUAAAAUGUCUCAUUUAAUUAUUAUAGUCUUAAUUAUUAUUGGUUGUGUUACAUCUUGACUUGUAUCUCAUUAAAAAUUAUUUUAGUAAAUAUUUAACUUGCUCAGAUUCACUCAGAUUCUAUAGCUUAUUGAAUACCUCUUUAUACCAAAAAUUAUAAGUUAAAAUGUUCUAACGAAAACUGUGAAAAGAGUAAUUAAACGCUUUCGUUUCGAUAUUCAUUGCUGAAUAACGAAAAAAAAAAUCUAUAGAUAUAGCACAUAUUACACAUAUUACAUUUUCGAUGAAUAUCGAAACGCAAAUUUACAUUAAAGAAGUUAAUGAAGCUUCAAACUUGCUUGGAAAAUUGUGAAUUGAUUGAUUAAAUGACACUAUAGAAAGCAAAGAAUAUUUUGUUUGACUUCUCAAGUGAAUAAAUAAAUGAAUCGAUAAUGAGUCACUCGCAAGACACAAUUAACACGCCAGAAAUAAUGGAACUUGUGAGACUUCUCCAUCAGAAUGGUGACAAGAUUUUGAGUGCUUCUAGCAAGCUUUCCUUGUCGACAAGACUGUUGCAUAAUCUCAAUGAAGCAUUCUCGGUGAUUAUAUCAGAAUCUGAAGAUUUGGAUUCUUCGUUUCAUGUAUGCAACAGCUCCAAGGUAGACAUAUUCCGCAACGUAAAGUUUCUACAUGAUUUUGUGCAGAAAACUAUAGGUUUAAAAGUGACACAUUAUGCUUCCGAUAUUAAAGUUAUGAUUGACAUCUCUAAGUUUAGACAUUUAAAAUAUUUAGAGUUGAAACAGGUAUCUAUUGAAUUAUUGAAAGGUCUACAGAGUGUCAGAGGUCAAUUGGAAAGUAUUGUGUGUGCCGGUAGAAAGGGAGUAUCAACAAUUUAUCAAUUAUUAGCUGCUUGUGGAGGUGAUGCUGGAGUUGGUUUUGUAUGGGCAUCCUUGAGGCACUUGGUAUUGCCUCAUAAUGCUCUUAAAUGUCUGGAUAAGUCAUUAGAAUUAGCACCUUGGCUUCAGAUAUUGGAUCUAAGUCAUAAUAUGAUAAGUGAUGCUAAGGAAAUAUCUUGUUUAUUAAACUUGAGAUAUGUGAAUCUAGGCUACAACAAAUUAGAACAAGUACCUAUAUUCAACAAGGCAUUGUUACAUUCGUUACAAGUGUUGGUGUUGAAAAACAAUUAUAUUGACAAUUUAAACGGUCUUCAAGGCCUAGAAUGUCUGACAGAGUUAGAUUUAUCAUUUAACUGUUUAACGGAACAUUUGGUCCUUUGGCCAUUACGAAAGAUGUCUACCCUGUUGUGGUUAUCCUUGGAAGGAAAUCCUUUAUCAUAUCAUCCAAAACAUAGGAUUCUGUCCAUAAAAUAUUUGCAUCCGAGUUUGUCAGAUAGCAAGUUUGUUUUAGAUCAUCUGCCGUUUUCAAAUUCAGAAAAAAUGCUAGUCGCGGAAAAUCGAAUCUUCGAAAUAUCCAUGAAUCAAUCGACAUCUCUAACUAGCUCGAUAUCUGUAUACUCUGAUACACAUGAAUUUGAUGAGGACAUAUUGAAUCGUCAAACGAUAUCGUUGCCUGAGAAUUUAGAAAAAAGUGUAAUGAAGGGUAAGAAGAAGUCGAAUGUUAAAGAAGCGGUCAUUGACGAGAUCGAUCAAGAGAGAGGGGAGCUUAAGAAACUGCCUGAUGUGGUGGCAUCUUCUCAUUUGGAGUCAUCAAAGGAUUAUUUGGAGACGAAGAAACGCAUCUUGGAUCUACGAGAAAAAUUUGGCGAGAAUAAUUGGUUAAGUAGUCACGCAGGAUCUUUUGUUCAAGACAUUAUGGGUCUUCAUUCUGCUUCACAAUUUUCAAAAUCGCAAAUGUCUAAAAUACAGACUUUGGCUGAUGUUAAUACAGCAUCAUUUCUUCAUGAUACCCUGAUUUACGCAAUGGAUAAUGGAAAAUCCUCUGACGAGUCCGAAUCGAAAAUUGCAGAUUAUGUAGAAGAUGAUAAAGAGAUUCCUCGAAAUGAAGACAGUCUUCCGAAGACGUGCGUUGCUAUCCCGAUUUAUGAUCCUAAUGAAGAGGCUGGAGAUUUAUAUAUUGUUCAAAAAGGGAAGGACAAUGGUGAACUGGAAAAUGUUUUCCUUGUGAUAACCUCUGAAGAUAUUAAAGAAAGAGACGCAGUCACUGGAAAAAUCAAAUUUUGUUGGUCGACAAAUUCCUUAUUGUCUUGCGUCUUGGGCAGAAGCAACCCACCCACAGUUGACAUUAUUUUUGACACUACUAGGAAAGACAGGGAGAACAGGAGAUAUUUUGCGCAACCGGAAGAUGCAAAGAAAAUUGUGAAAACAAUUAACGAACAAAUCGAAAGACGGCCAAUACUGCUCAAAGUUUUCAAGUGCAUGAAAUGUUCGACGCAGUUCUCGCAAGACCCAGAAUUAUAUGUGACACUCACUGUUAAAUCGACGAUAGGUGCGAAACAUUUUAAAUGUCCUACUUGCGACAGCAGCUUGGUCAUUGAAAUAGAAUCUUUAUCUAAUGUGAAUAAUCAAAUUACAAAAAAUCAACCAACAGAGAAUGCAACGAAAUUCAAUUUGACGCAUUCCGAAUCAUUCUCCAGUAUCGGUGGAAUGGAGGGUGGAGCUAAAUCUGUCACCACUUCUCUGGUGCACUCCGACUCUCACACCCAAGCUCAAGUCUGCUGUUCAGCGACGAGUUUAGAAGAAUCGAGGGAAUCCACACCAUCUACAAAUGUUCUGACAAAGAAAUACGAAAGUGACAUAGAAAUACUCAGUAAUCCAAGUCAGAGCAGCAUUGAAGUUUUAGAUGAAACGCUAAAGACAAAUGUCACACCAAAUCGAAAACGUUCAAUGGAAGAAAAACGUACAGCAAUUGCUUCUUCUUUAAUAACAAUACCAGAUGCAACGUCAAUUAUGACGGGCCUGACAGAGAGUAGCUCUUCGGGCUCAUUGACAGACAGUAUAUGCACGGCAUAUGAAAAUAAAGUUGUCAAAUCGAACAUCGAUACAAGAUCUUAUAGUAGUGAUAGCGAAAAAGAAACUGCGUUUGCUCCUGUGACCAACUUAACAUCGAUGCUGGGAGGCUUGCUACAAAGCAUCAAAGUUGGUAGUAAGACCUUGAAGGGUGAAGAGGCGUCAAACUUUUUUGGCAGUAACGUGCAAUAUUCGUAUACUGAUUUUAGCAGCGUAGAUCACAGAAUCAAACUACAUAUCAUUCUCAACAUAUUCGAACAUGAAAACGAAGAGCUCGUAUUUCUUCUCAAGGCAGAAAUUUUGAUGCAUUCUCUGCAAGAGACAUUUACUGGAUGUUUAGUAUUGUCUACAUCCAAGGUUUACAUCCUUAAAAUUCACGGGCCAGAAGGGGAGGAUCCACAACGUUGGCUUCACAAGGAAGUCAGUUGGACGACGGACAGAUUGAGAUCUUUUGUGCCGCUACCAUUUAAACAGGGCAUUUUGAUCGAAUUACAACAAACUGGUAAAGCCGGCGAAGAGCAUCUUGCCAUCACUGUGCUCUGUAUUCUGCAAGAUUUCCAAAGAACGUCAAAUUUUUUAUUUUAUAUUACAGAUUUGCAGUUACCUGUUAGCUGUGAGGUGGAAUUCUCUAUUCCAGAGCAUUACAGCAUUUUGAUGCACAAUGUACUAAUGAAUACUGUCAAUUAUCAAACUAGGAACAUCGUAAGAUUACUGGCAAUGUUUUCCUCCGCGAUAUUGAAACAUCAAAAUGUCACUAUCGAACUAAGACUAUCCGGAUUAAUAGUGACAGAUACAACGUUGGUGAUACUGAAAGACAAUGUUCAAUGGCUUAUACCGAGCAGCGAUCAAAUACCGUUGAUUGCUAAAGAACAAGUUAUGAGCAAUUUGAUUGGAAUAGAACAUUGUGACACUUGGUUGACUUUGAAUUUCUUGGACGAGAUUGCGGGCCUCGAGGAAAGCUGGACCUUGAAAUUUGUCUCUUCUGGUGCUAUUGAGGCUGUAAUAAAUUCUAUUCAGUCUCCAUGGGAAGAAUUAUUCUCAAUACCUCUGCAAAUAACUACACGCGUAACGCAGGAUUUUGAGAAAGUCGAGAAAGCUUAAAUAAUAUACAAAUAGAAUCUAUAUCGGGUUUUUUUACAUUGAUUUGAGCUUUUGUCUUAUAUAUACAAAUAUAUUCAAAAUAUAUAUUAAACAUAUAAUUUAAAAUAUAUUCAAUUUAAAUUAAAGAAUAAAAUAAAAUUACUUUACAGAUGUUGUAUUCAAAAUGCUAUUUUAACAGAUGUUUUUCUUUCUGCACUUUUACACAAUUCAGACAUUUUAACAUUGAAUUAACUAGAGAAGUUUGCAUAGUGUAUAUUAUUUCCAGUAGAAACAUUGAAGAUUUCAAUAAAUUUUACACUGUCCAUAAACACAGAGACACUUGUUACAAAAGAGAUAUAAAGAAAUAAUUAGCAAAAAAAUCUGAAAGAAUUCAACAUGCAAGAAAGUUUUUUUUCUUGAAAAAACAAGAAUGGCAAAACUUUUGCUAGAACAUCAAAUGUAUAGUUUUUGGUAUAAUUUUCGAUGGUGCUACUUUUAAUUGUAAAUAUUCUAGCUGAAUCAUCUUUCUUUAUAUUGAUUUUUAACCCAAAGUUUUUCCAUAAUGUUAUGGAACAUAUAUGUAUACACGUAUAUACACGCAAUCCCUUGUAUAAAUUUUUCAUAAUGUGUGUUUGUACAUUUAGCAAUUUAGUUAUUAAUUAUAUCCGAUGGUGUAAACGCCUGGCUGUGAUAUGUAUAUUUGGAGUUUUACAAUAAAUACAAAACUCAGAUAUUUUAUUGUAGAAAUUUA